GCCAUCAUCCAAUUCGAGAGUAUACUCCUUUCCAUCAAUCCCUGGUUCUUUUCCUUCCGAAGACUCUCCACUUCAUAAAUACCUUGCAAAAAAAUAUUUCAGAAUUUGGAAAAAUAAUACAAUUAGACGAAAGAAAGACCUGGCAAAGGCAGUGGAGGUUUAUGAAUUUAAUAGGAAAGCAAAAGAAGAUUUGCCACCGUACAGAAUAUUAAAAGAUAAACCUGGUGCUCCGCACAGAAUACGAAUUCAACAAAAAUUAUGUUUUGCCAGUCCACUCGAAGAUAUAUUUACAUAUGAUUCUGAUGAAGAUCAAAUUAACUAUAUAACAAUUGUUCCGGAUGAUGUCAUCAUCUACGAUGAAUAUGAAGUGGAUGAAAAAAUGGUAGAUAAAAUUGCUGGUUUUUAUGAAACGAAAUAUCUACGCUAUGCGCAAAGUCAUAAAGUUUGGGAUGCAUGCUAUAACCUAUACAAGUAUGGUUUCAGAGCUCAAGAUCCCGUAAUAAGAAAAUACUUAUUGCGUUUAAUUUGA